GGAGGGAGAAGAGGGAGGGAGAGAGAGAGAGAAAAGACAGAGACAGGAGAAAGAGGGGGAAAAAAGAGAGAGAGAGAGCGAGGCAGAGGGGAAGCAGCCUGCAUUUACCUAAAAGAGAGAAGCCCUGGUACCCACCCUGCAAGACUGGUCCUCAGCAGCAGACCGGAGGAGGCGCUCGAUUUGUGAGAUAAGAGCAGACGACACAGCAACUUGUAUAAUCCGUCUUGUCCGGAGCUGUGAGGUGGGUGCCUUCUUGUAUCCUUGAUCAGCCUGAAAGAGGGAGCCUGCCUGGCACUCCUGCUCUUUUGUACCUCCCAGGAUCUCUCUCAGACAUGAAGGCCUCUGAGAAGCAAUGACACUCCCCUGGUCACAAGCUCAUCCCAUUGCUAGAUAUAUCUUCUGCUUUGGAGACAUGUCAAGGUGAUAUUUAUCAGCAGUGUAAAUAACUCCCAUUGGGUGAGGGCUUAGAGGUGGUUCCUGCCUUCUGCCCCUUCCAUUCUGAUUAUUCAACUAGAGUGACAUCACGCAGAAGCUCCCAUGAAGAGGACACCACUGAGCUGAGAUGGUUUUGCACACUUCCCCCUUUCCCAGUAGCUUCCUGUCAUUCCUCCACUCCCUAUCAUGGGCACUAAUAUUCCCUUGUGUGUGGCUUGGAGAUCGUCUCCUGGCCUCGUUCUUGCCUACCACCUAUGAAAAACGUCAGAGGUCUGAUGAUCCCUGUUACUUCCAGGCCCUUUGUAUUAUCAUCACUACUCCAAUUUACUUGGCCUUGCUUGUUUCAUCUCUUCCCUUUGCCUUCAUCGGCUUCCUGGUGUGGUCGCCUCUUCAAGCUGUCCGCAGACCUUAUACCUACUCCCGUCUGCAGGACAAGGCCAGGGCUAGUGGAGCUAAGUUACUAACCGAAUGGAGAGGAACAGGCAGCUCCAAAAGCUUCUGCUUUUGCUCGGCCAAUGUCUGUCUGUUGCCAGACUCACUUGCAAGGUUCACUAACCUCUUUAACACUCAAGCACGGGCCAAAGAAAUUGGCAGGAGAAUACGCAAUGGAGCCAGUAGGCCCCAAAUAAAGAUUUACAUAGACUCUCCAACCAACACUUCCAUCAGUGCUGCAAGCUUCAGCAGCCUGGUAUCUCCACAGGGAGCGGAUGUUACCCAUCGUGCAGUCAACAUGGGUAUGAAGAGAACAACUUCAGUGGAAUACAAAGGAGACAAUGCUGGAGAGAACAGCAGCGAAGAGGGACGGGACGGGAGAAAUGGUGGGGAUAUGGGUGAAGGGGAGGAUAGUCCAUGUAUUGUUCGAAUCAGUAGGGAUGACAGCGGUCACAUCUCCGACACAGAGACUGAUGCCAUGAGUGGACAUGUGAAUGUGGCAUGUUUGGCCGAAACAGAACCAGACUUCCAAAAAAGCCCAACCCCUAACCACAAGCACAGGGAGGGGGAUGGUGGAAGCCUGGACAGCUGCAACACUUCUCGUGACUCGCUAGUCAAGGGUAGGGUGGCGGACGGGGCUACUGACCAAAGUGUCAUUAAUAACAAACUUCUAUACAGGGCAUCCAUCAUUAAGAAAGCUGCAGCCCGGAAAAAAAAGCAUAUGGACGAUAUCCUGGACCAUGAAAUAUCUGCCUUUUUCCCAGCCAACCUGGACUUCCUGUGCCUGCAGGAAGUGUUUGACAAACGGGCUGCCGAGAAGUUGAAAGAGCAACUACACUAUUAUUUUGAAUACGUUCUGUAUGACGUGGGGGUCUACAGCUGCCAUGGCUGCUGCGGCUUUAAGUUCCUGAACAGUGGGCUCAUGUUUGCAAGCCGCUACCCCAUACUGGACGCUACCUAUCACUGUUAUCCCAACGGGAGAGGAAUUGACGCGCUGGCCGCCAAGGGAGCUCUGUUCAUUAAGGUGCAGGUGGGGACCAUUCCUCAGGACCAAAGAAUUGUGGGAUAUGUCUCCUGCACUCACCUGCAGGCUUUGGCAGGGGACGCAAUGAUCCGAUGUGAGCAGCUAGACUUGCUACACGAAUGGGUGUCUGAAUUCCGCAAAUCUACCUCCUCCUCCAGUGCGGCGAACCCGGAGGAGCUGGUGGCCUUUGAUGUCAUCUGUGGGGACUUCAACUUUGACAACUGCUCAUCAGAAGAUAAACUGGAGCAGCAGCACGCCCUGUUUACACACUACAAGGAUCCCUGCAGACUGAGUCCUGGGGAGGAGAAACCUUGGGCGAUAGGAACACUGCUGGACCCGGAAGGUCUCUAUGAUGAGGAGGUGUGCACCCCAGACAAUCUGCAGAAAGUUCUGGAAAAUGAGGAGGGCAGAAAGGAAUAUCUGGUAUAUCCCACCAGCAAGAACCAUUGUCCCAACCAGAAGGGAAGAAAGGUUCCGUUAAAGGGUAGCGGGCGCAGAAUCGAUUAUAUGCUCUAUUCCGAGGAUGGCAACAAUAUGGAGUGUAAAGUGGACAUUGAAGAAUACAGUUUUAUCACACAGCUAGCCGGACUUACAGACCACGUGCCAGUAGCAAUGCGACUGAGUGUUUCUACAGGAGAAGAAGAGUCUUAAGCAGGACUAUGGACUCUACCAGUGUUAAUGGGGACCGUAGACAUGGCCCAGGGGAUAUCUCCAAGCCCCAACAUCUGGAGCAGGAAGAUUUAUCCAGCGAGCUAAUGGAGUCAUAAGAGUCCUCCACUAUUUGGACUGCAUGAAAGAGGCAGAUAAGAGGAUUGAGUGGAGAGGCUUCCUCACUGGUGCCAUUUUUGGGUUCCAGAGCAGCUCCCGCAGCCGGCCAGCCACCCUCUCUACGGUAACAGAAUGAGAGGACCUUAGGACAGAUCCAGUGCCAUUCUUACCAAGAUGUUUUUUUUUAUACCACUAUAUAGCACAAUUUAGUUUGUAACCGUGAGAUGCUGUUCAAUGUUUCUUUUACUUUUUUUCUUUUUCUUUUUUUUCUUUUUUUUUGACAUAAUCUUUGUAUAUCUAAAGAAAAAAAAAAGAGGACCAUUAACCUUUAUACUUUUUAGGUUCUUGUUGUAGUUCCGAACACCUCCACUAGCAUGCGCUAUAACUGCAUGAGGCUCUGCAUUUAAAAAACAAAAACAAAAAAACAGCCAAUUACACCUGGACAAUUUAAAGGGAAAGAAUACAGCCAAGAACGUGAAUUACAAAUUAAGAAAACUACGGUUUCUUUGAUUGGCUAAUACUUUUUUAACGGCUUUGCAGGAUUUUGUUUAAUCUUUUGUUUUUUUGUUUUUUUCCAAUGGUUAUAGAAAUUACACAAUAAAAUAUCACUUUGCUUUUA